AUGACGACUGGCCACCUAACAGCGGCGAGUAGGCCAGAGAGAAAGACCACAGUGCCACAGAUACAGAACCUGAUUCAGAGAUUCAACAGUUCAACGACAGAAGAAGUCACUGAGGAAGGAGCGCUAAUCAAGGAGCUCAAGAUAGAGAUCGAGAAGCUGCAAACGGAGAAAAAGAGUGUCCAGGAAGAAGCCAUUACCCUUGUCGCGGAAGUCGAGCAGCUAAAGAAGGUCAAUGGACAGGAAGGAGUUGUCAAAUUCGUGUUGGAUUAUAAGCAGUUAAACAAGCAAUUCAAAAAGCAGCCAAAGGAGUCGACAGGGGCUUUCAGCUUUUCGGUAAACAUUGAGGGGUUGACGGAGCGGUUGAUGAGGAAGCUACAAGAUGCAGUAGAAAAUGCUUGUUUUGAGAUACAGCUCAAGCGGUUGGAGGGAAGAGAAGAGGAUAUUGGAAAGUUGGAAACACUUGCUCAGCAGCAUGAGGAACGUCUUGUAGACUCGCUCUACUAUCCCCAAUCAGAGCCGGUGACAACGCGGCACCAGUGCUGAGAACUACGAUAUAGACCUGUGAAGAUUCUUUCUAGCAAACUGGCUCCAAACAUAGCAAUAACUACUGUCAGGAAGGCCGUUAAAAAUAAAGCCAUAGAAGUAGUUCGGACGUUAGGAAAGAGUCUUCGAAGUGAAUAUAAGAUAGACUGCUAAUCUUGUAAUAUUUGAGCACAAAGAUGAGUGAAACUUCCAGCAGCUCCGAGAUUUUAUAGACGCAGAGGAUUUAAUGCAUCAAAACGUGCAAGGCAACAAUAUUUGCU